AUGGGUACCUACCUUCCUUCCCCAAUGAUCACCGACGAUGCCAUUAAGUUGUUCGUCCAAGUGGCGUUAAUCUGCUUCACAAUCGCUAUCACAGCCUUCCUUUACGUCUUGAGCGGAUUCUUCUCAUUUCCACAAGGCUUCACUAUUGCAAACAACAUUUUGUGGCAGUUAAGCCACGGUCUUCAUGGCAUCAUCUACUUUUGCUUCAAUCGAAGAAUACGUACUGAAGUGCUGAGGAUGUGUGGUAGAAACAAAACACAAUCUGCGGCCGUGAUCACAACUGCAAUCGUGGAUUCACGGCCGCUUGGAACAACGAAUAGAUAUGCUAAUAAAUAA